AUGUCCUUGGGUACUCAAAAUGAAAAUGAAGAUCAGCUUCAUAUUGUCAUGGUUCCUUGGUUAGCUUUUGGUCAUUUAAUACCAUUUCUUGAGCUCUCCAAGUCCUUGGCAAAGAUGGGUCAUCGUGUCUCUUUUAUCUCUACUCCUCGAAAUAUCCAAAGACUCGUUCAAAAUCAAUCUCCAUCUCCCUUCAUCAACUUUGUUUCUAUUCCCUUAGCUGAAGAUGAAAACUUGCGUGACCAAGCAGAGGCCACCGUCGACCUUCCUCCAGAAGAAGUUCCAUACUUGAAGAGAGCUUACGACAGUUUAGAAGGUCCAGUCUCCAUCUUCCUUGAAACUGCAAGACCGGAUUGGAUUAUUUACGACUUUGUUUCUCACUGGUUGCCACCCAUCGCGUCAAGGCUGGACAUUCCUGGUUGUUUCUUUAGCACAUUCAACGCAUCCGUCAAAUGUUUUUUCGGACCUCCAUCGGGUUUGAUGGAGAGUGAUAUAGAUGAUUCUAUCAGUAGGAAUAGGAAGACGCUGGAGGAUUUCACUGUUUCUCCCAAUUGGAUCUCAUUUCCUACUAAUUUGGCUUUUCGAAUCCAUGAAAUACGUAGAGUCUUCAGCAAUAUUGAGAUAAAGGUGCCAGGAGGAAUCUCAGACGCACAUCGGUUCAGAAGUACCAUACUAGGCUGUCAAGUCAUGGCUAUUCGGAGUUGUAUGGAAUUCGAAUCCGAGCACUUGGAUCUUCUUGAAAAGCUUUUCGAAAAACCAAUAAUUUUUGUAGGCUUACUCCCUCCUCCAUCACCAGGCGUGGGCGAAGGAGAUGACAAACAUGAAGAGUGGAUGAGGAUAAGGGAGUGGCUUGACAAACAAGAACAAAGAUCAAUGGUUUAUAUAACACUGGGAACUGAAGCAGCAUUGACUAAAGAAGAAACAUCAGAGAAAUGGUUUUCUAGAUCCAAGGGUCAAUGGAUUGCUGAUGGUGAAAGAAACUCAAAAUUCUUCCACAAAAAUGCAUCUUACAAUCAAAGAGUUAAUUCAAUAAAUUCUCUUUUGAUUGAUGGUGUUAUGAUUCAUGAUAAAGAUGUUAUUAAUGAGGAAGCAAAAAGGUAUUAUACAUAUGUUUUUACUGAGAAUGUGCGAGUAAGGCCUACUUUUAACAACCUUGUGCUUCCAAGUAUCAGUGUUCAGCAAAGCAUUUCAAUAGAGAAACCGUUUGAGGAGGAGGAAGUGAAGGAUGUAAUUUAG